AUGUGUAUAGAAACUCCUUCCUGCCCUCCUGGUUGGACUUGGUUUGGAGGUCGCUGUUUCAUCUUUGACAGCAGCAUGAAGAACUGGACUGAUGCUGAGAGUUCCUGUAAGACACUCGGUGGACAUCUGGCCUCAUUCCACAGCACAGCUGAGUACACCUUCAUCAGAGAGCUCACUCACACAGAACCAGGGCCAAAUAAACGAACUUGGGUUGGAGGCAACGAUAGAGAGAAUGAAACUGUGUGGGUGUGGAGUGAUGGUUCCCAGUUUGACUUCAUAAUCUGGGCCAGUGGAGAACCAAACAACUAUGGAGUAGAAGAAGAUUGUAUGGAGAUAAAUUAUAAAGGAGGAGAUCCCAACGAUGCACCGUGUGACGACAACAAACCUUUUGUUUGUGUCAGAGAUCCAUAA